AUGGACUCGAUGCGUAGCCUCAACACAUCGCUGCCUCGCACGUCGCCCCGUCGCAACCAACAACCNCCGGAAGAACUCCUCUCUGCCUUCAAAGCCGCCGCUCUCUCCGUCACAAACCUCUAUAAGAACGCUGCAUCCGAGCAGGCAAGAUCACGCGCUGCCGGCUACCAGGAUGCCUUGGACGAUCUACUGUCUUUUCUCGACAAGGAAAAUCUUGGUCUCGGUGACGGCGAGGGUUGGCGGGUGAGGCAAUGGGCCACCGAACGCUUUGAUGGAGCCCCUUCAGCCNNGGACGCGAAAGCGAUGAUGAAGAGGAAGAGCAGGAAGAGCAACCGCGCAGCUCCAGCCCCGAAGUUGCCAGGAAACCCACCACUACUCCUCAAGCGACAAACGAACAACCACAACCCGAACCCAGCAUUANNCCCAUCAGCCACAAGAACACCAACCACAAGUGACUCGCCCAGACGCUGUCGUCCCUCAAGCNNAGAUGCUUUCACCUUUCGCUCGUCCCUGGCGUANCCCCCUCCACACCACGACCGAGAAGUAGACAUGGAUGCCUCCAACAACCCACCCAUCGACUCUCCCAAUCCAUCAACAUCCAACAAUCCACUCAGACUGGAAGUCCAUUCCAGACGACGAAACAACCACAACCGCUCCAACAACAAUACCAAUACCAACAGAAUCACAUCCAUAAACCUUGGCUCUCUAGGCUCAGGCGCCGGCUCCAAGCGCAAGAACCUGGGAGACUUUUUCGACAUCUCGGGCCUCUCGUUUGGGAACAAUGGCAGAGAUGGAUCUGAUCGAGGAGGAAAGCGAGGGAGACAUGUUUGA